ACACUUACUUGAACUAGUUUACUUUAUAUUCUAUUCUCCUUGCUCGAGUACGUUCUUUGUAUUAUACAUGUUGAACCAAUGGAAUGGCAUACCAUGGCCUCAGUUAUCGUAUGUUCUCGCCAAAGACAUUAUCGACAACGAUAUUCAUACAACCUAUUUGACACCAGCCGAAGUACAAUGUUUUGAAGCUGCCACGGAAACAAUACCCAAAUGGAUUGCUUUCAUCUCUUCUUCUUCUUCUUUUGUCUCUUCUUUCGACAAAUCUAACUCUUCAAUCGAAUUCGAUAUACAUAACAACAAUAACAACAAUGGUCCUUUCUUACUUUCUGAAAUAGAAACUUCUGCCUUUCGCGUACGAUCCCUUUUAUUUGAACGGUUUAUUCCUCAUCUUUAUCAUUCCGACCAUCCAUGCUGCCAACAUAUGAAACUCGAUAUCAAAAAACUUUCCAUCAAAGCACGCUCAUUACCGAUUCCAGAUCCUGAUAAAGUGAGAGAAGCUACCAUGGAUCUAUUACAAAAACGUCAGGACCAAAUGAAACAGCAACUUCAAGAACUUCAAUCUCGGCAACUGCAGCAACCUCGUGGCGAUAUACCUCUUGAUGAUCUCACUGAUCAGCAGCAGCAGCAGCAGCAGCAACAACAACAACAGCAACAACCACUAUCUUCCACCACACAAAAUGGUGAUCAUGAAGACAGUACUACAGCAGCGGAUAAGCAAACAUCUACUAUAUUAGCCAUGGCUGAUCCUGACAAAAUACCCAUUUUGGAUGUUUAUCACACUCUCGAAACUGAUCAAGCUGUUAUGAUUGAACAACAAAAACUGAAGGAAUACGAAGCCCAGGAAGCCUUGAAUGAAGAAGAAGAAAAGGAAAAUGCUGAAGAUCAUUCGUUAUCUAUGUUUAAUGCUGAUGGAAAUUUUACUCUCAAGUAUCUGCUCAAGGGAAUAGCUGCCAAUCGAGGAAAUAUGGGAUUGACGGAUAGGGAGCUACAAAAUCUACUUUCAGAUUUCAAACCUCAUCGAUCAAAAUGGGCCAACGAUGAAAAACAAGGACAAGAAGAACUCUAUGAAGCAAUGGAAAAAGUGUUGUUGGAAUUGAAAAAUUAUACUACCCAUUCGACUCCUUUUUUAAACAAGGUUAGCAAACGUGAAGCACCUGAUUACUUGGAUGUGAUCAAACGACCAAUGGAUCUUGGAACAGUGUCAAAGAAAUUGAAACAAUUAGAAUACAAAACAAAACAAGAAUUUGCGGAUGAUCUUUAUCUGAUAUAUGACAACUGUCUUAUUUACAAUACCAACCCAGCGAGCGAAUAUCGAAAACAUGCCACAGCUAUGCGAAGGAAAACUGACCGACUAUUGACUAGAGUGCCAAAUUUGAUUAUCAAAGAUAAAUCCGAUGGUGAGCAAGAAGAUGAAGGUGAUGAAGCUAGUGAUGAAGAUCAAGAUGAAAAACGACAUGUAUCUGGAAAGACCUCUGGAAAACAUAAACAGCCAAUGACAUCAGUGCAGAAGGAUGACAUAUCAACUAAUGAAGGUGAUAGAGGAUCAAGAGAACGAUCAUUGACAAGAGGAUCUAGUGCAGCACCAGGAGCAACGACAGAAUCUCUAGCUGGUGAUAACGACCGUGGAUAUACACCUGAUGUUUACGAUGCACAUAGGACGUAUGGCGGGAAACAGCUGAAAAAUCAGAAUGGCAAUGGUACAAUGGAUUCUGAACAAGAAAAGGAAUUGAAUGGUGAUCUUGAUGCCGACUGGGGAGAACUACGGGAGCAAGUCUGGCACGAAGUGACAAAAAAGACAAGAGCAGAGCGUACCAAAGAAAUAUUGGAAAAAGAUCUUGAACCAUUUGGUGAACAACAAGCUUUAAUAAGAUCUGCAUUUGAUAUGGAAAGAUUCGCGAUGAUGGAAAACGCUCAUGACAAUAUCAAGUUGGUACGAAAAUUGGUGCGAUGUACAGAAAAGAACUUGGUACAAUGGACAGAUCGACGACGACCUGGUGAUGCUAGUAUCUAUGACGAUGAUGUGGAUUUGGACUCAAGUGAUGAUGAAAUCCUGGAUGCCUUCUUUUCAAGAAAGAUCUCAAAACCCAAGCAUGCUGACGAAGAUGAUGCUACUCGGACCGACCUGUUUUUACCUGAAUACAUUGUCACUGCUGGUAUCCCUGAAAUUGGUAAUGUGCCUCCAGAAUACAAAGAACUUAGUAGCCGUCGUACAUUAUCAAGAAAGGAUUCCAUAGAUUCUUGUUUUGAUACUAUGCCAGAAUCAAAAGGGUUUACUGAUAUAUCUUUGGAUGCUUACCCAGAAACUUUGUUUCCUAACCAUGGACUGAAUAAUAUGAUUGAUCGAAAUAUUCGCUGUCUUCGACAAAUACGACGAAUGCACGCUAAAUGUGCAGCUAUACGAAACAAUGUAACGAUAUCCACGUUGACUUCAUCUUUGGUACCAGAUCCUGUUGGACCUACACGACCAUGGGAUUCGAAAUAUUCAUCAACUCCUGAAGGAGAUGCAAAUUCACCACCAACUCUUUUCUCAUCAUCAUCAUCAUCAUCAUCAUCUUAUCCUCCAACGCCAGUCUCCACAUCACUUCAAGUGACUUCACCAUCAAAUACUCGUUUGCCUCCUUUAUUGGUAACAGAAUCAUCGGCUCAAGAUCUUUUAAUACGAUCCAAUUCGAAACUACUCGCUCAUGCUGGCUUUGAGGGGGCAAAUCAAAAUGCAUUACGGGUACUGACUGAUGUGGCGACUGAUUAUAUUACCAACAUUGGGAAAACUCUACGAUCUUACUGUGAUGAUUAUGGAAAACAGAUGACUGUAGAGGAAAUUCUUAUGCAUACUCUUUAUGAAAAUGGUAUAUUGGAAUUAUCUGAAUUAGAAAACUAUAUUCAUGAUGAUGUUGAAAGGUACGGGAAUCGAUUGGAUGAUGUUUAUCGACGAUUACAAACAUCAUAUCAAGAUUUACUAUCGGGACCACCUGAACCAACAGUGAAGAAUGAAGAAUCCAUAUUACAAAAUGAGGAUACGUUUAUUACUGGUAUGUUCGGUGAAGAUCUUGGCGAAGAUUAUUUUGGAUUCAAAGAUCUUGGACUUGAUCAAGAGUAUAAUCUACAUUCAUUGACGAUUCCUUCUCGUUUAUGGCAUGGACGCAAUAAUGAAAAAGAUCUGACAACUUCUCCAACAAUGAAAGAACCUCAAUAUAAGUAUCCACCACGACCACCAUUUACACCAGUGACAACAAGCAAGCAAGUGAUUGGAUUACUUCAGCCUUACUUUGAAAAGAAGAUCAAUGAAGCUGAAAAUGGACGACUGAUUGAAGACGAGUUUUCUCCUGUACGUGGCAAUAGGCGACCUCGAUAUCCUCCUGUACAUUUAGGCCUCUGUGCGCCUGGUGGUGGACGAAAGAAAACAGGCAAAGAUGGUUAUGGUACGGGUGCUAAUGACAAGAAAAGCAAACGUAAACGACCAACUGAAGAAGUCAAGGCGGAAAAAGCAGAAAGGGCGGAAAAACGACGAUUAAAGAUGGAAGAAAAGAAGCAAAAAGUGGCAGAAAAGGAACAAAAGCGCAAACUACGUGAAGAAAUCAAGGAACAAGAAAGAUUGGCAAAACAAGAAGCAAAAGAAAAGAAGGCAUUGGCAAGGAAAUCAUCCGCAAACAAGCAAGUAUCUACUGGUGAAAACUCUCCAUCUGUAUAUGAUAAAGAUGAUUAUUAGUUUCUUUUUCUUCAUUAUUUUAUUCCCUAUCGUAGUCAUUCUCCUUUGGUUUCAUUACGAAUGUAUAUAUCUCUUUUUUUUAUUUUUAUUUUUAUUUUUAUUAUUAUUAUUAAAUAAAACCUUUU